AUGGAGCAAGAUUUGAAAACUUAUGGAUCUCUGAAGUCAUUGAAUUCUUCUAAUGAAGAAUUAGCGAACAGUAAGAAGCAAAAAGACCCCGAAGAUGACACUAAUAGCCAUGUGUCAGUCAAUCAUGAAAUAACAACUACAGAGCAAAAGGCAUUCAGUAAACAUGGUGUGGAAGGAUCAGCUAGCAGUUAUUUUAAUGAAAAGAUACCAGUCCCUGAUGGCGAUGAAAGCUCUAGCUUCAGUUUUCGCAAACUUUGGGCAUUUACCGGUCCUGGAUUUUUAAUGAGUAUAGCAUAUCUUGAUCCAGGAAAUAUUGAAUCGGAUUUACAGUCAGGAUUUGUUGCUGAAUUUCAGUUGCUAUGGAUGUUACUGCUUGCUACAUGUCUUGGAUUAUUACUGCAACGUCUGGCAGCGAGACUGGGAGUGGUGACAGGGUUGCAUUUAGCUGAAGUAUGUUAUAGAGAAUACCCCAAAGUACCACGAAUUAUACUCUGGAUCAUGGUGGAGAUUGCUAUUAUUGGUUCUGAUAUGCAAGAAGUCAUUGGGACGGCAAUUGCAUAUAAUUUACUUUCAAAUGGAAAAAUACCGCUAUAUGCUGGAGUUUUAAUCACAAUAACAGAUACAUUUUUAUUUUUAUUUCUUGACAAAUAUGGUCUUAGAAAACUUGAAGCCUUUUUUGCAUCUUUGAUACUUGUCAUGGCUGUAACAUUUGGCUAUGAGUACGUAGUGGCAUCGCCAGACCAAGCAGAGGUACUUAAAGGGUUGUUUAUACCGGGUUGUGGUCCAUGUACAACUAAAGCUACUGAGCAAGCUGUCGGUAUACUGGGUGCUGUUAUCAUGCCACAUAAUAUAUAUUUACAUUCAGCGCUGGUGAAGUCACGAGAAAUAGAUCGAAAUAAAAAGAAGGAAAUCAAAGAAGCCAACAUGUAUUUUUUUAUUGAAGCUACGUUGGCUUUAUUGGUGUCCUGUAUUAUUAAUAUAUUCGUAGUGUCUGUAUUUGCUGAAGGUUUAUAUGGAAAAACAAAUUAUGAAAUCUAUCAACAAUGUGAGGAACGCGACAGUCCUUAUUCAUAUGUGUUUUAUAAAAAUUCAUCAGUAGUCGAAAUGGAUUUACAUAAAGGGGGUGUAUUUUUAGGCUGUGCAUAUGGAAAAGCCGCUUUGUAUAUAUGGGCUAUCGGUAUUUUAGCAGCAGGUCAAAGUUCAACCAUGACUGGAACGUAUGCAGGGCAAUUUGUUAUGGAGGGAUUUCUUGAUUUACAAUGGUCAAGGUGGAAAAGAGUUUUAUUGACCCGCUCUAUAGCAAUCGUACCUACAAUAUUUGUCGCUACAUUUCGAGGUGUCAAUCAGCUCACUGGUAUGAAUGAUGCAUUGAAUGUCCUACAAAGUCUACAGCUCCCAUUCGCAUUAAUUCCAAUUUUAACAUUUACAAGUGUCAACUCAUUAAUGGGUGAUUUUAAAAACGGCAUAUUUUCUAAAGUUGUAGCUAGUGCACUGGCUGUACUUGUUAUGAGUGUAAAUUUAUACUUUGUCUCUGUAUUUAUUGGUGUUCUACCGCAAAACUGGGCUGUAUACACAGUAAUCGCCGUUUUACUCGGUUUAUAUAUUGCAUUUAUUAUGUAUUUGACAUGGAAAUGUCUGAUAUCUUUAGGAUUACAAUGCUUAGCAAGAAUUCCUUGUUGUCCGGCACCAGCAGCGGAAUACGAGUUGGAGAAUUUUAAUUGGAAGAAAGAACAGAAUAGACUGUUAACGUCUGACUCCGAAGAAUCAAUUUAUAAUACACAGAUAAAAAUAAAUGCAAUAGAACAAAUUAGUGAAGAUAAUAAGAACUGA